GGUAGGGGGCGCAGCGGCGGUGGCGCGAAGGCGUGGGGCGCGGGCUCCGGCUCCUACCGUUGGCGCGCGGUAGCUAUGCCGGGGGCUGGAUCCCGGGCGGAGGAGGGCGGCGGCGGCGAGGGCGCGGCUCAGGGGGCGGCCGCGGAGCCCGGGGCGGGUCCCGCGCGGGAGCCAGCGCGGCUGUGCGGCUAUCUGCAGAAGCUGUCGGGCAAAGGCCCCCUGCGCGGCUACCGCAGCCGCUGGUUCGUGUUCGACGCGCGCCGCUGCUACCUCUACUAUUUCAAGAGUCCGCAGGACGCGCUGCCCCUCGGCCACCUGGACAUCGCAGACGCCUGCUUUAGUUACCAGGGCCCCGACGAGGCGGCGGAGCUGGGCGCGGAGCCGCCCGCGCACUUCCAGGUGCACAGCGCAGGAGCCGUCACGGUGCUCAAGGCUCCCAAUCGUCAACUCAUGACUUACUGGUUACAGGAGCUUCAGCAGAAGAGAUGGGAAUAUUGUAACAGUCUCGACAUGGUCAAGUGGGACAGCAGGACCUCUCCAACUCCCGGGGAUUUUCCUAAGGGUCUUGUAGCCAGAGAUAACACCGAUUUAAUUUACCCACACCCAAAUGCUUCUGCAGAAAAAGCCAGAAAUGUCCUAGCUGUGGAGACUGUGCCUGGAGAGCUGGUGGGAGAACAAGCUGCAAAUCAGCCCGCCCCAGGGCAUCCAAAUUCCAUUAAUUUUUACUCUUUGAAACAGUGGGGCAAUGAGCUCAAAAAUUCGAUGUCUUCUUUCCGUCCUGGGAGAGGACAUAAUGAUAGUCGGAGGACUGUGUUUUAUACCAAUGAAGAGUGGGAACUUUUAGACCCAACCCCUAAGGACCUAGAGGAGUCCGUAGUACAGGAAGAAAAGAAGAAGCUUACCCCUGAAGGAAACAAAGGAGUAACUGGCUCAGGAUUCCCCUUUGAUUUUGGACGUAACCCCUACAAAGGAAAGCGCCCUUUGAAAGACAUAAUUGGGUCGUACAAAAAUCGUCACAGCAGUGGUGACCCUUCAAGUGAAGGCACAUCAGGCAGUGGCAGCAUCAGCAUCAGGAAGCCGGGCUCCGAAAUGCAACUGCAGAUCCAGAGCCAGCAGGAAGAGCUGGAACGGUUAAAGAAAGACCUAUGCAGUCAGAAGGAGCUUGUUCGACUGCUCCAGCAGACAGUCCGGUCAUCCCAGUAUGACAAGUAUUUCACAAGCAGCCGGCUCUGCGAGGGGGUCCCAAAAGACACACUCGAGCUUCUGCACCAAAAGGAUGAUCAGAUUCUGGGCCUUACCAGCCAGCUGGAGAGGUUCAACCUGGAGAAGGAGAGCCUUCAGCAGGAAGUGAGGACGCUGAAGAGCAAAGUGGGCGAGCUCAACGAGCAGCUGGGGAUGCUCAUGGAGACCAUCCAAGCCAAGGAUGAGGUCAUCAUCAAGCUCAGCGAGGGCGAGGGCAGCGGGCCUCCUCCCACUGUGGUGCCCAGCUCCCCUUCAGCCACGCCUGUUGCCAGGGACCAGCUGGAACUGGACAGGCUCAAAGAUAAUCUACAGGGGUACAAAACCCAAAACAAAUUUCUAAAUAAGGAGAUUUUGGAACUCUCAGCUCUACGAAGAAAUGCAGAAAGGAGAGAGAGGGAUCUGAUGGCAAAGUAUUCUAGCCUGGAAGCCAAGCUCUGCCAGAUAGAAAGUAAAUACCUGAUAUUGCUCCAAGAAAUGAAGACACCAGUGUGCUCAGAAGACCAGGGGCCCACCCGGGAGGUCAUAGCCCAGUUGCUGGAGGAUGCUCUGCAGGUUGAAAGCCAAGAGCAGCCAGAGCAAGCAUUUGUUAAACCUCAUCUUGUCAGUGAAUAUGAUAUUUAUGGGUUCAGGACUGUACCUGAGGAUGACGAGGAAGAGAAGUUGGUCGCCAAGGUCCGCGCUUUGGAUCUGAAGACUCUCUACCUCACAGAAAACCAGGAAGUCUCCACUGGGGUCAAGUGGGAAAACUAUUUUGCCAGUACAGUCAACAGGGAGAUGAUGUGCUCUCCAGAAUUAAAAAACCUUAUCCGUGCGGGCAUUCCCCAUGAGCACCGUUCCAAGGUAUGGAAGUGGUGUGUGGACCGUCACACCAGGAAGUUCAAGGACAGCACGGAGCCUGGCCACUUCCAGACCUUGCUGCAGAAGGCGCUGGAGAAACAGAACCCGGCCUCCAAGCAGAUUGAGCUGGACUUGCUGCGAACUCUGCCCAACAACAAACAUUACUCCUGCCCCACCUCAGAAGGCAUACAGAAGCUACGCAACGUCCUCCUCGCCUUCUCCUGGCGGAAUCCAGACAUCGGCUACUGCCAAGGCCUAAACAGGUUGGUGGCAGUGGCCCUCCUGUACCUGGAACAAGAAGAUGCUUUCUGGUGUCUCGUUACCAUAGUGGAAGUUUUCAUGCCCCGAGACUAUUAUACAAAGACUCUUUUAGGAUCCCAGGUGGACCAGCGGGUGUUCAGAGACCUCAUGAGUGAGAAGCUGCCUCGGUUGCAUGGCCACUUUGAACAGUACAAAGUUGACUACACCCUCAUCACUUUCAACUGGUUUCUGGUGGUGUUUGUUGAUAGUGUCGUUAGUGACAUCCUCUUUAAAAUAUGGGACUCUUUCCUUUAUGAAGGACCAAAGGUUAUUUUCCGUUUUGCUCUGGCACUUUUUAAGUACAAGGAAGAGGAGAUUUUGAAAUUGCAAGAUUCCAUGUCUAUAUUUAAGUAUCUCCGCUACUUCACUCGCACUAUCCUUGAUGCUAGGAAGCUGAUCACAUCUCCUUGGGACUCUGAACCCCUUCCCCUACGCCAGAUCCGGGAACCGACGCGCCUACCACUUGAGUAGCUGUCCGGCUGGAGCUGACCGAGCUGGAGGCCAUCCGUGAGAUUUCUGCGUGAGCGGACACCAGCCCUGACAAGGGUGAGCUGGUCACGCCGCAGAGGAGGAUACCUGAGUAGGUCCCGGAUGCUGCUCUUCCUGCCUUCACAACCAAAGUGCCCAAAGGUGAAAGCACGCUUAAAAGCCAGAAUGUAACGCGUG